AUGACACGCAUACCACACCUCGGGGUAAAGGGCGAGACCGCGAGUGCCUAUAUCCGCGAGGAGGCCGAGGGAGCGCACAACAUUGACUACCGGCAUACGAUCAGUGUCAUGGCCUACUCCGAUACAAUGGGUAGGGAGAAGGCCGAGGGAAUAUGGCAGGAGAAGGGCUGGUUGAUGGAUUUGGCGGUGGCGUGGUGGUAA